AUGACCUUGCGAAACUGCGGAAGUGAAAUGAAAGGCAGGAACCCACGUGCUCAUUUCUCAGGGAAGCUUCAGGCCGAAGCAGCAGGCUGUGUUCACUAGGAAGGACUCACAUGCUUCGAGUUUAACUCGGUUUUGGCGUUGCUAAGCUUAUCAAGCGUUUUAAUCAUGUCUUCGUUCAGGAAAGCGCUGAAGUCCCAACAGCGAAACCACCAUGAAAGGUCUCAGCCUGGCUUCAGGAAAACUCUGGGAUUGCUGGAAAAGAAGAAAGACUACAAACUCCGUGCAGAUGACUAUCACAAGAAGCAAAACACCCUCGCUGCUCUGCGAAAGAAAGCCCUGGAGAAGAACCCAGAUGAGUUUUACUUCAAAAUGAUCAACUCCAAACUGGAGGCAAGUCUCAGCAUCCUUAUCGCCAGGUUGGAUGGAGUUCACGUGAUGAAGAAACCUAAAGAGGAGGUGGAGGUAACAGAGGAGCAAAAGAAAGUGAUGAGGACGCAGGAUAUCAGAUAUGUGGAGAUGAAAAGGGUUGCAGAAGCUAAGUUGGCACUUCCUCUGAAUCUAAUAUACUUUCAGAAAAUUGAGAGGUUGAAAGGAGAGCUCCAUCUUCUUGAUGCAGAAAGCAAACCGAAAAACAAACACACCUUUUUCGUGGAUUCAAAGAAAGAAGUACAGAAAUUUGACCUGGCAAGCCACCUCGACACAGCUCCAGAGCUAGUGGACAGAGUUUACAACAGGCCAACCCUGAAAACUCUGGAGACUAAAAGCAUCCAGGGAGCUGUGGAACCUCGUAGGAUAAAGAGUCUGGCCCGGCAGAGGAAGCACCAGUAUACAAUCCUUUCCCAGAGGAUUGACAGAGAGAAGAAAAUGUUUGUUAUCAGCCAGAAAAUUCAGACCCGUAAAGACCUACAGGAUAAAACCAAGAAAGUGAAGGUGAAAAAGGAGACGCCAAAUGCUGCAGCUAUAUACAAGUUUGAGGCCAAGAGAAAACGCUGAGGAAGGACCAAUUGGCAGGCAGAGACUCUGUCACUGUGAUGCAAUGGCUCCAAAAUAAUGGAACUCUACCGAGAAUAACUGCCUGGAUUCUGAGCUGACAUAUGGAAUCCUAUUCAUCCCCUCUUUGAUACUGCAGCCUGCUAUUAUGUACAUAAUUAUGAAGACCUCUAGUUUAUUUCAAAUAAAAACAAGACAUGAUAAAGUUAUUAAUUCA